AUACAAGACUAAACAAUUACAGUUCGUUAUAAACAUUGGUCGCAUUCAGUGGACGUAGAAUGGCGCUCCCGAUACGUAGCGGUAGCGACUGGCAGGUGUAUGUAGAGGUUUGUUUGGGUGUUGUACAUCAGAAAUUAGUAGAAACUGACGUUAUGGACUUUUUAAUUCAAAACGAAAUGACCGAGGAUAAUUUGGUGAAAUGGCUUUGGAAUUCCCAGAACCAAUUCGAAUAUUUGAGGAUAAUAGAUGUGAUAGGUGUCCAAUACCAAAAAAUCAGAAGUAUUAUGAAGACUGUAAGGAGUUAUCCAGGGAACUUAUUAGGAUAUUUUCGAGGCCUACAUUUGUAAAUUUAUUAAGGUCUACUUUAGAAUUUACCACAUCUAGCACAUUUCGGAGCAGUGAGACAUUUGAUAUGUUUAGAAGAGGAGUUACCACACCUGGAAGUAGAUAUUGCAGAUGAGGGUAGAAAUAAAGAGGAACCAAAUAGCAAAUAUGCUUUUAUAACAAAUAUUGCCCUUUUUUUGUCAUUCACAUAAGUGCAAAAUUUUAUUUCUUUCCUCCUGGAUUUUCUUGCUUCUUUCAAUGGCAUUUGGUAAGAGGUUAAUUUCUUGUACUCAAGGUUCCUCGAUAUUUAUCAGCUUCCUUCGUAGAUAAAACAUUCCACUCAACUUCUAAAAUUAAAACAUGUUAUAAGCCUUUAAUUUUUUUAAUUAUACCAGUAAAAAAAUUGUUGAAACUUAACCUGCAGGCGUUGCUCUGGUUGGAGUGGUUUCCAUCUGAGAAGUCACUGGGAUCGCGGGUGGUUCCUUCCUAUUUUCCGCAAAGGGCUUUUUUCUUUUUUCUUAUAACAGGAACUGCUGUUGGGGUUAACCUGGUGAUAAUAUUCCUAGUAAAUUCUACCCCAUCCAGUUUUCCCUAUAUUGUCUUUCAUGGCUGUGUAGGUUUUUUUCAGGUUUCUCCAUUUUCUAUCCAAUAUUUCUUCGGUUUAGUGAAAAUACAUUCUGCAAAUAACUUAAAAUUGCAUCUCUAUUUCAUGCGAGUGUAAUUUGCGUUUAAAAAAGAUUACUGUUUGUUUGAAAAUACGAUCUUCGAAAGCUUGAGAAGUUUUCGAGAAAACUUUCCCGUUGGGACCCUGAAAAAAUUUUUGUAAAUACUAAUAAUAAUAUAAAUAAUAACAAAAUAUAUUUAUUAUGAUGGAAUUUCCUACUCACCAUCACUGUCCAAUACACCCUAACCAAAGUCCUCUUUCAAGACCAAAUUCUACCAAUACCGUUCGCUUCUCUACCGCUACCUAGCACAAAAUAAACUCCACGGGACUUUUCCACUUUUCCGCUACGGCUUUGUAAAUUCAAAUGUCCAACACGCUCCCAAUCGCUACCGCUACGUAUCGGCAGCGCUUUGCUACGUCCGCUCAAUGCGAGCAUUGAUUGAGAGUCGUCUUGAUACCAAAGUUGAGUAUUUUGCUGUUUGGUUUUGGUAACGUUUAAUUAAGAGUCGCCUUGAUACCAAAAUGGAGUAUUUUGCUGUUUAAUUUUGGUUACGUUUAAGUCAAGUCAAAUGAUCUGUCCAUCCACCAACCCACGAACGCAAACGGAUGCCGGUAAUAGGCUGUUGACGUUAACUAAUAUGCCCAAGUUCGUCAAUUAAUUCUUAGUUUUCUGAAAUAUAGUUUGAUUUUUGCCCAAUUUUUUUUAAAUAAUUAUUUUGCUGACUUAGGGUUUAAGUAUGCUUCGUAAAUCAAUUUCCAAACAUUACACCAUAUCAACAGUGGACUUACAAGAGAUUGACUCCUUCCAGAAAUUUUCUUCAGAAUGGUGGGAUAAAUAUGGUUUUAUGAAAGGACUACAUGCUAUGAAUAAAUUAAGAAUACCAUUAAUUCGUCAGGGUCUUUUAAAUGCCGGAAAUAUUUGUGAAUCGACUUCAAAAUCACCCACCCCGCUUCAAGGCUUGGAUGUUUUAGAUGUUGGUUGCGGUGGAGGAAUAUUGUCAGAGCCUCUGGCAAAACUUGGUGGGCGAGUUACGGGAAUAGAUGCUGCUAAUGAAGCUAUUGAUAUCGCUAAGAAACACGCGGAACACAAUUCUCUUAGAAUAAAUUAUUUAUGUACAUCUAUAGAUAAUUAUUGCUCAACAAAUGAAGAGAAACAUGAUGUUGUUGUGGCAUCAGAAAUUUUAGAACAUGUAACAGAAAAGGAAAAGUUUAUUAAAGCUUGCCUCAGAUGCCUUAAGCCAUAUGGUUCAAUAUUUAUUACAACAAUAAAUAAAACAUUUUUAUCACAAUUUGUUGCAAUUUACCUGGCAGAAAAUAUUCUACAACUGGUUCCUAAAGGAACCCAUCAUUACAGUAAAUUUUAUGAGCCUCAUAAAUUGCAAAACUUAUUGAGCAAUAAUGGUAUAAGAACUUUACUUGUGCAUGGUAUGUGCUGGAAUAUUUGGACAAACACUUGGCAUUGGUGUUCUGAUACUUCUGUUAAUUAUGUACUACAUGGAGUGAAAACAUUGUAGCAAAAAAAUAGGUAUUCAACUAUUUUUCUUUCAGUUAUGUUGUUUUAAACUAAAAUUAUUACAAAUUAGAUUUUUUUAAAAGUUGGAUAUUAAAUGAAAAAUCUAUUUAACUUCACUGCAUAAGACAUUUAUUCAAAGACUAUCCCAAAAUAAUUUCUAAAUAAACAGAAAUUGCAUAAAUGUUAGUUUUGGAAUUGUUAUAUUACAGUAGUAAAUAAUAAUAAAAAUAAUAGUAAUGUAUCAACAUAAUUUCAACUUUCCUGAC